CGCAGAAAGUUGCGCUGUGCUGACCGCACUCCCCUCGCCCCCGACGACGCCGCCGGAGCCCCCGGAGGGCCCGAGACCCCGCGCCCUCAGCGCUGCAGCCCGGCUCAGGCGUGGACAGGGCGGGCGCCGGGGCGGGGCGCGCGUCCUCGCCAGUUUGAAUGGAAGGAUCCAGAUCUGCGGAGACGGCGGCCAGCAGAUACUGAGGCCAGCACUCCUCCCCAGCCCCCGCGCCCGAGACAUGCGGCGGGAGAGGUGCGGCGCCCCCCGCCCGCGUCCCCGCCAUGGAGGUGCUGCGGCGCUCCUCGGUCUUCGCCGCCGAGAUCAUGGACGCCUUUGACCGCUCGCCCACCGACAAGGAGCUGGUGGCCCAGGCCAAGGCGCUCGGCCGGGAGUUCGUGCACGCGCGGCUGCUGCGCGCCGGCCUCGCCUGGAGCGCGCCGGAGCGCGCCGCGCCCGCCCCCGGCGGCCGCCUGGCCGAAGUGUGCACGGUGCUGCUGCGCCUGGCGGACGAGCUGGAGCUGAUCCGGCCCAGCGUCUACCGCAACGUGGCCCGCCAGCUGAACAUCUCCCUGCAGUCCGAGACCGUGGUGACCGACGCGUUCCUGGCUGUGGCAGCCCAGAUCUUUUCUGCAGGAAUCACCUGGGGCAAGGUUGUGUCCCUGUACUCAGUGGCUGCGGGGCUGGCCGUGGACUGCGUGCGACAGGCCCAGCCCGCCCUGGUCCACGCCCUCGUUGACUGCCUCGGGGAGUUCGUGCGGAAGACGCUGGCGACCUGGCUGCGGAGACGCGGUGGAUGGACGGAUGUGCUCGAGUGCGUGGUCAGCAGCGACCCCGGCCUCCGCUCCCACUGGCUCGUGGCCGCGCUCUGCAGCUUUGGCCGCUUCCUGAAGGCUGCCUUCUUCAUGCUGCUGCCGGAGAGAUGAGCUGCUGGCUUGGGCAGGGGCCGCAGCCCGGCCCCCUUACACAGGAGGCCCUCGGCCCCCGAAAGCACCACCCUCCGCCUCACCCAAGCCGGGAAGACCCUCGGAGCCCCGCGUCGAAGCUGGAAGCCCUGCCCUGAGCCCCUCCUCCGCAGACCCAGGCCCUCUGGACAGGGAAGUGGGGGGCUCCUGGCCCUGGAGCUGGGCUUCAGGGCCGACAGGGGGCCCUUCCCCAUCGUUCCCCCUCUCCCGGAACCCCCGCUGGUCCCCUUCUUUCUAGAGCCAGAAAGUCAGGGUCACGUCCCAGGCCCUGCAGGAAGGGAGCCGGGAACCCCAAGCUCUCCCUCGACGCCGGGCCCCUCCGUGUGGGGUUCCCACGUCAGGGCGUGAGCUGGCCUCCGUCCUCCUGGGCAGGGGGCCUGGGCUCUGGGCCUGAAGGCGACUCCCGAGGCUGGAGGAGCUGUGGAGUGUUACUGACCCUGCACGUGGGGCCUAAGGCUCGUGUGGUGGUUGCUGAACCCGUUUCUAGAGGGAGGGUGUGUGCGCCGUGCACCGGGGGUGGGUCUCUGUGUGGCGGGGUCCUGUGGACGCGGGAGCCCACGACCGAGAAGGACGGUGUGUUUGUCGAUCCCAAUAAAGUCCCGCAGCCGUGGAGGGUGACCCUCUGUGCUCCUUUU